AUGAUAAAAAUCCAACCGAAACCAAACCGCUAUAAAAAGGGCUUUGCAACAAGACUAAGAACUCUUUACAAGAGGUUCAUCGACACCUGCUCCAACCUGACCGUCCACGGGCCGCGCCUCCUCGUCCGUCGCGACAUCCCCCUUAUCUACCGUCUCAUCUACUUCAUCAUCUACAUCCACGUGUGGCUGGCCGUGGUGUACAGCAUCCGGCGCUACUACCACCACUACCGCGAGCACACUCUGCGCUUCACCACGCGCACCGACUAUCUGGAGUGGAGCACCACGCUGCCGUCGACUACUGUCUGCGAGAGCCCCGAUAUUGACGACAUACGCCACAAGGCUCGCCACUGGUACCCCGAGGAGGAGGAUGACGUCGUCGACAGGUACAUGCUGGAGGUGGCCUUCUUCGACGGAAGCUGCUUCAGCUGCAUCUCCGACGGCCUGCCACAAGCGGGACCGAAGGACUUCCAAGACAUAGCUGAGGCGUUCCGCUCCGAAUGCGAGACUUUAUUCAACACCUGCUACCUUAAUGAGAAGAAAUUACAAUGCUGUGAAGUGUUCAGACCUAUCAACACUGAAUACGGGAUCUGUUUCUCGAGCAACAACAAGCAUGUGGCCCCCAGAUUACACAGCACGUCAAGGGCUGUUUUGGAUGACGCGCUAGUGAUAAGUUUCUCUAGAGACGUCGAGGUGUUCCUGCAUUCACCGGAAGAUAUUCCGUUCUACAACAUGGAGUACGACCGACGAGUGACUGUCACUAUUGGAUCGAGUGCCACUCUCGUGUUCUCUAUAACGGAAAUAGUUAAUGAGCCCGAAGUGAUAAAUACGGCUCCAGAGGUGCGGAAAUGUAGAUUCCCGAGUGAGAACUUACCUGAGCAUAAGGCGUAUAGUCUGUACAGUUACUCUGUGUGUAUAACGCAGUGUCGCAUCGCGGCGCAGCUCGACAUCUGUGGCUGCGUCCAUCACCUCUCUCCGCCGGAGUAUAAGGAUCAGUUUUGCGAUAUAGAGGGUUUGAAGUGUUUGACGAUAAACCAUGAUAAGUUCCGCAAGUUGAGAGUGCCGGGUCUGAACGAGACAGGUCUCGAUUGCGAGUGCCUGCCGUCGUGCACUGAGCCUGAUUUUAAUAUCAUUUCCAAGGAGCUGUCGGAGCCACAGAGAGAUGUAUUGGAGAGUAGACUGAAGCUCGUCUUGAACAACAAGCCGUACGAGCGAGUGACCCGCCAGGUGUCGCGCACUCCGCUGGAUCUGGUCGUGGCAAUGGGGAACUGCAUUGGUUUGUUCUUUGGGGGCUCGUUUUUGUCGGUCAUAGAAAUAUUUUACUACCUUUGUUUUAAGAAAUGGAGCUAUACGAAUAGUUUUUCGUAGG